AAAACACCUGCUCAUGGCGGAGUCCAAGCCAAAGUAGAAAUAUUAUUGUGGACAGGGUGUUGGGGUGCGGUCAAACUGAAAUAUCAAAAUGACCGAUAUUUUAGUUAACUGGCUCAAUGAAGAGCUUGCUAUAUCCACACCCGUCGAUCAAAAAGGAUUUUCAAGACAGUUUGCUUCAGGGUAUUUGAUUGGUGAAGUUCUGAAUAAGUAUCAACUUCAAGAUGAUUUUGACCAGUUUUCUCAGAGCAAGACGGCUGAUUCGAAGCUCAAUAACUUCACUCGGAUUGAACCCGUCUUGCAUCUGCUUGGCAUCCCAUUUGACACGAAUGUGGCCCGGGAUAUCAUGACAGAACGUCAUAGCGUGGCAACACGAGUCAUGUACCAGCUCUACAUAGCAUUGAAUAAUAAAAAGAAAGCCAAUUUGACAGGUGUUGCCAUGGAAACCAUGAGACCAGCAGCUCCAGCCAAACUAAAUGCUGUUGAGACCGAAAUAUACAAACAGCGUCUCAAACAUGCAACCCCUCGGCAAACUGACUUGAACCUUGAGGCACUGGUAAGUCGCUUCCAUGAAAAGCAGAUUGAGAUGGAACAGACUGCAUUCAAAGAACGUUUUAUGGAACAGGAACGCAUUCUGCAGGAACAGCAGCAACAGAGACAGGCACUGUUGGAGAGGUCCCGGCAGCUUAAGGCUAAACAAAGCGAGAUGGUUGCCAAAAUUCAAGCGGCUACAGUUGAGAUUCCCAAGCCACCUGCUAAUCGGACAAGUAAAGCACUACAACUGAGGAGAGAUACAAAACGGAGAAGAGAAGCUCAGGAGGCCAUGUCAUCCAUUGCCAUGUUUGAGGAGAAGAUGAAGACUAUUCUGCCCCCAUCAAAACUUGAGGACACCAGUGAGUCCUUUGAUAUGGCCUACCAAGUGAGUCGGGAAGAUGACAAGUUGCAUAUUGAACUGAUCGAGCUGAUCAAGCCAGCCUCCAAUGACGACUACAUUGGCAAGAUAAGGAAGAGGCUGCACGAGGACUCAAAUGCCCGUCAGGAGCGAGAGAAGCGACGCAGGAAAGUCCUGGUGGAUCAGAUGAUGUCGCAUGAGUCACAGGAGGAAGCACGGCGUGAGGAGAUGAUGGUGAACCGACUGAUGCGGCAGUCGCAGCAGGAGAGACGCAUCGCUGUGCAGCUGCUGCAGGCCAGGCAUGAGAAGGAGGUGAUCCGCAACAAUCGCAUCAUUCGGGAGAAGCAGUACGAGGAACGGAGACUCCGGGACUUUGAAGAUGCUCUGGAUAAAGAAGCUGAACUAGCUCGUCUGUCCAAGUUGGAGUACAUGGAACAAACCAAGAAAGACAAGGAACUCCAUGAUAAGAUUGCAGAACAGAGGGCGGCAGAUCGCUACAACAAACAUUACGAUAUGUGCUCCGAUGUCGUCAACCAGGUGGUCGACUUUGCCAGCAAGGUGGCAGAGUACAGAGAACUCACUAACGGUUUGCUACCUCCCAAGCUGAUGCGAGAAUGGACAGCUGUGUUUGUGGCGGGGCAGCCUCUGUUUGAGCCGAGUCCUGUAGUGGGAACAGAACCUACACCAGAGCAGAUCCUGGAGGAGGAGAGACAACAGCUGCUGGACGAGGGAGACUUCAUGGAGUAUAAGAACAUGAUUGGAGAAUGGCAGCCACCAGAAGGUUCAGAGAUUACAGAACCUCCAAAGGAUAAUGCAGUCCUGGGUCACAUCAUACACAGGUUGUUCAACUUGGUGCACCCACCAUCGCCGCCUCCUCCACCGCCAGAGUUCCCUCCCUUCCCAGUGCGAGCAUGUGUUCUUGGCAAAGUUUUCAGUGGCAAAACAACCUGUGUCACCAAGCUUGCAGAAGAACAUCGCCUGCAGGUGUUGAUUGUAGAUGAGCUGGUUGAUGAGGCUGUGGAGGCUCACAAGGCAGGGGAGACAAUCCAGCUACCUCCUGAGGGAGAGGCGGAGGAGAAGAUGGAUGACACCACAAAAGACCAAUCGGCUCUUGGGGACCCUGCUACAGCCAGUGCUACAUCUCUGGAUGCUGUUCCCCAGGAGAUGCCCACCCCACAGCCUGAAGGUGUUCAGUCUACCCCUUCUGGUGAUGUCGCGGCAGCAGACAAACCAACCCCUGUGGAGGAACCAACAGAAAAGCCGUCUGAGGUCCCCCUGUCAGAAUCCCAGUCUGAUAUAACAAAACCAGCUCCCAAGAGGUCGUCCAGCAGGACUAAAGAAGCUGGGCCACCAAAGCCUCAGCCAAGUGGUCGAGCCAAGCUGGGAGCCAAGGCCCUGAAGUUUUUGAAGCGGGGCAAGCCAGUAGACGAUCAGGUCAUAGUGGACGUACUGGUGGAGGUCAUCAGACGAGUACCUGAGGGGACAGGCUGGGUCAUCGAUGGCUUCCCCCAGACCUACAACCAGGCCAAGAUGCUGGAGAAGGCCCUCAGUGGCUUUGAUGCUGCAGCCAGGGAGCAGAAAGAGAAGCCCAAGGACAAGCCAAAAGCGCGCAAGUCCAGCCUUGUGCCUGACCCCCGCCCAGCCCCACCCCCUCCUGAGCCAGCCAGUGGGAUUGAUGUGGUCAUCCAUUUUGAGCUGUCAGAUGACCUGUGUAUGAAGAGAGCGGCUGGACGAUUUUAUGCUGUUCAGGCUGACAAGCAGUACCACCAGGAAUUCAACCCACCACCAGAAGGCAGUGCUACAGGGAUCGGCAAGGAGGAGAAGGUCAUCCCAAUAGAGGACGCUGCACAUGACCAGGAACAGAUACAGCAGCGGAUCACAGGCUACCAUGACUCAUGGCCCAAGUUAGAGAAGUGGUUCACGCGGUUCGGCACCCUGAAGAAGGUUGAUGCAACCGAAGGUCUGGAGACCGUGUUCCUGGAGGUGGAGAAGAUACUCGAGGAUACUGUCAGCAAGAUUCAAGGUAAAGAUCAAGAGAGUUCUGCUCCCAUUGAGACGGAGACUCCGGUUGUGGAAGAGAAGCCCCCAGAGCCAGUACCAGAGCCUGUGCCAGAACCACCUAAGGAACAGCCUGUAGUGGAAGCCAAGGGCUCCAGAUCUAGUUCCAAAGGCAGCAGAUCAGGUUCAGGUAAGAAGUCCGGUUCCAGAGCUUCCUCCAAGGACAAGGACAAGAGGGAGAAGAGUGCAUCACCCAAACGAAGUCCCAGUCCAAAGAAAGGAGACUCUAAGAAGGGAAGCAGAGGAUCGUCACCCAAGUCUCCCAAGCGAGGUCGGUCAGGGAAGAAGGGCAAGGCCCCAGAGCCAGAGCCUGAACCAGAACCGGAGGUCCCUACAGGUCCUCCUCCACCUCUACCAGGGUCUGAGGAGUGGGAGUUUGUGGACCAGGCUGUUGAACUGGAGUUGGCUAAAGUUCUUGCUGCUCACUGGGAAACUAUUGAGAAAAGCUAUGUAACAAACAGCAAACAUGUCUUCCGUAACAUCCGUGAUGAGAGGGAGAGGAUUUACAGAUACUUCUAUCAAAUCAGGAAAGACUACCUGGCAUACCUUCGUAGACCAGACCACAAGCAAGAAUUCAUCUCACAAUGGCAAAAGGAAUAUAACGAAGUUCCCGAUGACAUGAGAGAGGACGAGGAGACACGGGCAGAGCUCCACCAGACUGUGGAUGACCUGAGAGAGAGGCUGUGGAACAUCUGUGAUGAGAGGAAGGAGCAGGCUGAGGGGGAGAGAGAGACCGUCAUGAACGACAGUUGGCUGGACGACAGACUCGGCGUUCUCAGCAACCACUACAUCACUGUCAUGCAGUCCGAGGUGGACAGAUACCAGGACACCGUGAGGAUGCUGAAGGACUACUACCGGGGCAUGGAUGGACAUAUCCCUGACGAGCUUAAUACCCAUUAUGCCAGAAUACCACUCAUAGAGAUGCCAGUUGAAAGACCAGAGACCCCAGCAGACAAAGAACAGCGGAGUGAGCCCACCCCCACACCACAGGAGGAACCACCCAAAUCUCCCAAAGACAGGACCAAAUCUCCUAGAGCCAAAUCCCCCAGGGAUAGAUCCAAGUCACCAAAGGAAAGCCGUCAGCGUACACCAUCAGGCAAAAAGCGCAGCAAGAGCCUGGAGAAAGAAAAGGAGAAGAAUGUCAUUCCAGAACCAACUCAUGCAGAUGGUGAUGGACAAAGGAAGAGGAUCCCCCUUGUUCCCCGACGCCCUGUCUCUCCGGACCCUGAUGCCAAGCCAGGCACCACCCCAGGGAAAGACAAGAAAGAUAAAAAGGGGGGUAAAAAGGGUGCAGAUGAUGGUGUGGAGAGUCCAGUUCCCCCUUCAGAUCUGGAUGAGAAACUCAUCUUUGAUGCAGCACAGAGUGGAAUAACUGCCAUCUCUCACAUUAUGUCUCUGGAGCUUGCAGCCCGUGAGGCAGAGGAAGAAGCAGAACGACAGAGGGAGCAGGAGAAGGAGAAGGAGAAGGAGAAAGAGAAGGCCAAGACUCAGGUGAAGAAGGGAGGGAAGAAGGGUGGCAAGAGUCGCAGUCCAUCCCCCAAGAAGAAACCGGAGGCUGAUGCUGCCCCUACUCCACCUCCCCAAACAGAAGAAGAGAGCGAGGAAGAGAAACAGAAGAAGUUAUUGAGAGAAAAGAUGAGGGAGGAGUACUACUUUGCUAUUGGACAGGAAGGUAUAGCGUGCCUCAAAGUUCGCUUGGAUCUCAUCAAGGUCCUUGGCAUCGCCAUUCUCCAGGACCUCAAGAGCAAGGGAGACAAUGCCUUCAAGGACAUGAAUGACUGGCUUGGAGCCAGAUACCUCAAGGAGAUGGAAAGCAUCGACCACAUGUCGGAGACAGUGAGAUACAACAUUGAGAAUAGGCAGAGAAUUAAGGCAGAACUUGUCCUUAAACAGGAAGACUUCAUGUUGGACGAUGACCAAGUUGUGCUCAGGUCACCUACACCACCACCUCAUCCACAGCCAAUUGAGCAGACAAUGACAGACCAGUUUACUGUCGACCAAUUGAUGGGACUCUUCCAACAGUUCAGAGCCACGGCGCCGACAGGGGUGAUGUCCAGUAAGUCCUUCUGUGAGACGUUUGAGAACAUUGUGGCCGUGACUCACGGAAUGGAGGAACUACCCGAUGUCUGGAUGAACGUCACGCCCAGUCAGAUCCAGGAUAUUUCCACAACCCUGGCCUCCGACACAGAGUAUGUGGACUGGCGCCGCUUCCUCAUGGCGCUGACUUCACCAGUGCCAACACCGACCCAGGCACAGCUGUUGGAGACGCUGGUCAGAUUCAAGGAGAUGGACCAGAAAGAUACAGGCUUCGUCACCAGGGAACAGUACGACAGGACUGACUUGUGGUUCAACACAGAGGAAUCUACGACAGAAGUGACCAGCUAUUGCCGUCUGUCCAACCUCAAGAAGGUCAUGUUCGACAUGUUUGCUGACCUUGACAAGACACCAGCUGUGUUGAACUAUACUGCCAUGCUCAUGUACUUCAGUGCAGUACCCAACAGCCAUGAGGGUUUCCUGCGUGCGCUGUCCGUGGCUGCCGGCACACACAUGCCCAGACUAGAGAAGCCGGUCAUCCCUGUGUCCACUACCCCAGCCAACACUGACAGACUCAAGAGUCUUGAAGAGGGCUUGGCCUUGGUUACCCCUGAGAUGGAGGAGAAAGAGGAGAAAGCAGUGGAACCACCCAUGACAAGCGAAGAGAUUCCUCCUGAGUCUUUGGAAGCCAAGGUCCCUGUUGAGGCGUUGUACAAGGUGCUUCACCAUGGAGAGAGUUGCCAUGGAGAAAGUCACCGCUUCAGCGUUUCAGCAGACCCAGAGGAUGCCACCUCCAUGGAGCGUUUGGGUGUGGUGUACCGAGAGCUGGGUGAUGAUGAGGUGGAACCAGUCCAGUACAAGAUCCUUAUUGAACACCCACUCAUCCAAGACAUUGUCACAGCUUGCAAGACAUUCAAACUGCUGGAUGUGAAAGCUGUCCUGUCCAACCCUGGCCAUGAUGUAGACUUCCACAGCAUUAAGACCAUGGACUAGCCAGCUCUGCCUAAUCCAUACAACUCACUGUGAUAUUGUUAUAUUUUUAGGAAGAUAACACUAAUUAUGUAUUGUUGUGUAAGAAUGAACAAAUUAUAUUGUGUUGUUAUUGUUGUAUGAUCCCUUACAAAUAUAGUUAAUGAAUAGAAACAUUGAAUAUUCCAGUAUCAUAUUGUUGUAUAUUUGUUUCUCUAACAUGUUAGUAUUGUAUGUCACUUUCACAACACCAUGUGUGACAUUAACAAGUCUGUGACUGAAUAAAGUUUUUAUAUGCUUAUA